AUGAGCGUGCAUGUGCGUGCGCAACUUCAAUCUCUACUAGUGAAAGCCACUGGCAAGGGGCUGCAGCAUAACCUCGGCAACAUUUGUGAUCUGCUAGGUAGCAUACCGCCGGAGGAAUUAUUGGCGAUUUCCCCUACGGAUCUAGAUGCCAAUGAACACGUACAUACCGCGCCAUUUAUUCAUAAAAAAGCGGCAUUGGAUGUUGACCGCGAAGAUAAUGAGACAUUUGAGAGAAUAGUGUUGCCUCCCGUGCAAAAUCCAAUUGUCGCCAAUGAUGAGGACCUUAUCGCAGUGGCUGCCCUGCCUCCGUGGGCACAAGGAGCAUUCACAGGCAUAUCAAAAUUUAACACAAUUCAAUCCAUGGUUUAUCAUACUGCAUUCAACACAUCUCAUAAUAUGUUGCUCUCUGCUCCUACCGGUUGUGGGAAAACGAAUGUAGCUCUGCUCUGUACACUACAAAACUUUGCACCCUUUUUCACGACCGGUCAUAAGAAGGGGAAGGUCGUAUACAUAGCUCCAAUGAAAGCACUUGCUGCAGAGAUCACAGCCAAAUUUUCGUUGGCUCUGGAACCAUUGGGUAUAGUUGUACGUGAGGUUACGGGCGACACAGAAACUUCGUUGGGAUGUCUCGUCUCUACCGACGUAAUUGUAACCACCCCAGAGAAAUUUGAUGUGAUGACAAGAAAUUCGAAUUCGACGGGAACUCAAUCGGAUAAUUCAUUUCUUACGACAGUUAGCUGUGUCAUAAUUGACGAAGUUCAUUUGUUAAACGAUACACGUGGCUGCGUUUUGGAAAUAGUUGUGGCGCGAAUAUUCAGGCUCAUUGAAUCCACCCAAGUGACAAGAAGAAUCGUUGCAAUUUCUGCUACAUUGCCUAAUUGGCAAGAUGUGGCUGAAUUUCUACGGGUGCAGCCUGAAAAUGCAUAUUAUUUUGGAAGGGAAUACAGACACGUUCCACUGGAGCAAAUAUUUUAUGGGGUUAAAGAUCGUGAUCCAUCAAGUGCUAUGCUCAAUAUAUGUUUCGAACAUAUGAUGCAGGUGGUGGAAAAGGGGAAACAAUGCCUAGUUUUUGUUCACUCUAGAAAGGAAACAGUGACUACUGCUGCGAGGCUAAUAGAGAGAAUACAGGCUUCUUCGAAGGCUCAAACUCUGUUUCAACCUAGAAAGGAUCUGUAUAGGCAUUUCAAUUUACCGUUAAAAAAGUGCAAAUAUGAGAAUAUACGGAAUUUAGCUGAAUAUUGUAUAUCUGUUCAUCAUGCUGGUAUGGUGAGGAGGGAUCGUGAUCUUGUGGAGACAAUGUUCAAGGAUGGCCUAGUAAAGGUGUUGGUUUGUACUUCCACUCUUGCUUGGGGUGUUAACCUUCCAGCAAAUUGCGUAAUUAUAAAAGGCACAUUUAUAGGCGGCAUAGGUGUAGAUCGUCACCUUAAUUACUUAGAAUUAACCCAAAUAAUGGGUAGAGCUGGAAGGCCGCAAUUCGAUACAUCCGGCACGGGCGUCCUUAUUACAGAGCACAAGAACAUAAUCAAUUACGUAAAGAUGCAGACUGAACAGUUACCAAUAGAAUCGCGAUUACACCGUCACUUGGAAAAUGCGUUGAACGCAGAGAUUGUAUUGGGGACGGUACUCAGCGAUUCCGACGCAGUUAUGUGGUUGCGAUAUACGUUCCUGUACGUAAGGAUGCGUAAGAAUGCGUUAGUAUAUGGGCUAAAGAGCAACAAAGAGGAAGAGGUCCUACUACACAUGCACAAAAUGGUGCGCGAAGCUGCCGCAAAUCUGGACAAAUCGAAAUUGAUUCGUUAUCACGCAAGCAGUGGUGAAUUUGCAUCUACCGACCUAGGGAGAAUUGCAUCCAAGUAUUACGUAGAUUUCGAAACCAUAUACAAUUUUGCCAUAUCCUUGAAUCCAAAACUUCAUGCAUCAUCGGUAUCUUAUGAGGACAGCUUCGUAAACAAUGUGGAGAUAUCUUAUACGCCGAAACAAACAUUUAUAAAUGACGAAUACAUAUUGGAACGUUUAUGUGAAUGUAAAGAGUUUGAAACCCUAAUAUACCGUAACGAUGAGUUGGAAGAAUUAACGGAUCUUAUGGCUGCUAGUGUAUAUAAACCAAGAAGGGGUCUGAACCAUAUCACCACAAAAAUUAGCCUUCUUAUUGACGCACAUAUAAGUCGACGAACAUUAAGGACGUCGAGCCUAAUGAGUGACAUGAAUUACGUUAUACAGAAUACUGGGAGACUGCUUCUCGCUUAUUUUGAUGUGUCUACGUCCGAGAUUGUAUCUGGGCCACCUGUAGGAGAUGUUAUAUAUAGGUGGUUUCUCAUGUUUGAAAGGCAAAUAUGGGAUUUAAAGUGCAAGCAGAGCAGUCUCAUCUAUCAUUUUUGUGACCCUUAUCACGCAUCAUAUGACAAGACGAAGAUACAAUCUAGCAGGUUGCCUACGUUGUCUAAGCUAACAGCUUCAAGACUGGCUAAGUACGAUUUGGAAACCCUGCUUAAUUUGACUCAUGCUGAGUUAGCUGACUCAGUUAAGUCCAAACAUGAGGCAUCAGCGGUUCAAUCGUAUAUUCGAUUUGUUCCAUACCCCCAAGUGAACUUUACUUGCCAACCUAUUACUCCGCGAAUAGCUAAAGUAAAAGUGACCGUCGCGCUAAAAAAUUGUUGGAGUGCACGUUGGAAUGGUUCAAGUGAGUCGUUUCACAUAUGGAUAUGCUCUGACACUCGCAUCAUCAAUAAGACUAGCAUAACGCUUACUGCAAACAACUAUAAGGAUAGCGUUGAGAUGUUCGUCCCAUUUAAAGGAGAGGAUAUUUAUAUGACAAUAAAGACAUUCUCAUGCCGUUGGCUUGGAAUCAUAGUCGAGCAUCCUUUUGUAACACGUAGACUUCAGGUAGCUGAUGAUGGAUACACGAAACUAUUGGAUCUCUUACCGUUGCCAACCUCUGCGUUAACAAACUACAGCUUCUUGUAUCAGUAUAAGUAUUUCAAUCCUCUGCAGACGCAAAUCUUCCCCCAUUGCUACUUCAGCGAUGACAACUUGCUGGUUGGGGCACCAACUGGUUCGGGUAAAACGGUGAUUGCCGAACUCUCAAUGUUUCGUUUAUGGCAAACCCAGCCUCGGCAAAAGGUUGUUUACAUAGCUCCGCUUAAGGCGUUAGCAUACGAGAGACUAAAGGACUGGACUAUAAAAUUUGGGAAGUUUAAACGUGUAGUAGAGGUUACUGGCGACUCACACGCAACUGCUAGUGAGAUUGCGAACAGCCAAAUCAUAAUAACUACUCCCGAGAAAUGGGAUGGCAUCUCUCGCCAUUGGAAAAACCGUAAAUAUGUUCGUACCAUAGGUCUUUUGGUUAUAGAUGAAGUCCACUUGCUCGGAGAGAGCAGAGGCGCGGUGUUGGAAGCUAUAGUAACCAGGUUAUCAUUCAUUUCAAAAUUUAGCGCAACCACCACCCGACUAGUCUGUCUUUCGACUGCUCUAGCAAAUACAAACCAAAUAGCGGAUUGGUUGGGAGUUAAGACGACAAAGGUGUUCAAUUUUUCGCCGGCCGUGAGACCUGUCGCGUGCAAACUUUAUAUUAAUGGGUUUCCCAUAAAAGCGUAUUGCCCCAGGAUGAAUUCGAUGAAUAAGCCCGCGUUUUCUACGAUUACUAGGCAUGACUUGGAGGCGCCAGUGUUGGUUUUUGUAUCAUCAAGGAGGCAAACUAGGACCACGGCUCAGGACUUUUUAGGUCUUAUUCAAAUGAAAUCAGUUAAAUGGAGCAAUGAGAACACUAUAUACGAACCGUUUUUUGACGAACAUUUGAAUACGUUCGUAGAGCACGGCAUAGGCAUUCAUCACGCUGGUUUGCAGGACAGCGACCGCACGCGAAUUGAAGACAUGUUCGUCAGGGGACAGAUAAAGGUCCUGAUCGCUACGUCAACCUUGGCAUGGGGUGUAAACCUCCCAGCUCAAAUCGUUAUCAUCAAGGGUACCGAAUAUUAUGACGGCAAAACAAAAAAAUACGCGGAUUACUCGGUAACCGAUAUAAUGCAAAUGGUAGGACGUGCUGGGAGGAAAUUACACGACAAAGAAGCGUACGCCUAUAUAUAUACAGAAUCUCGUAAGGUAGACUUUUACAAAGCUUUCAUGUUUUCCCCGUUUCCCGCUGAGUCCUCUUUCCAUGAGCGUAUCGUCGACAGUCUCAAUUCGGAAAUCGCAUCAGGGACAGUGGCCAGUAACGAACACGCAUUGGAAUUUCUCAGGAGUACAUUUUUUUACAGGCGUUUGCAAAAGAAUCCAAUGUACUAUUUGAAUACGGAGUUUCUGUCAAGUUGUAACGAGGAAUCCAGUACUGAGGAUAUGGCCCAACGCAUCGUUUGUAUAUGUCUAAAGCGUCUAUUAGAUAUCGGUUGCAUAUCAACAAACUACAACCAAAGCCAAGCUUUGGUAAAGGAUAAUGUGCUAAUCCCUUCGGUAAUGGGCAUUCUUUCAUCUCAGUACUACAUUUGUACUCAAACGGUGGCAACAUUUACCGCUUGUCUACAACGAAAUGCCGGACGCAUCGGCAUAUUCACAAUGCUACGCGCUUUGGCGAAUGCGAAAGAAUUCGAUGAAGUGCCAUUGAGGCACAACGAAGACUUAUACAACAUGACUCUGUCCUCGACUGCCGUUAUGCCCAUUCGCAACUCGGAUGCAUCUAAUCCGCACGCAAAGGCAUUCCUCCUCCUACAGAUGCGACUAUUUGGUCUGAAAGCACCAAUAUUCGACUACAACAAUGACUUGAAGUCGGUCCUGGACCAGCUACCUCGUAUAUGUCAGGCUUUGAUAGACUCUAUUGCCUGUUGGCGCGACUUGCGGACAAUGCAGUAUGCCCUUCUUAUUUACAAGCACCUUCUCACCGAAGCCAACUUGCUGGAGCAGCCUUUAUCCUUCGAUGGUGCCGCCGACAUUAUGGUAAAAAUGGUGGAUGUAACAUCAGGGAGAACACUUCAUGGAACUGUUAUAUGCGAAUCAGAUAACUGGUAUAAAUACGAUAUAAGCAAUGUACACGAGCUGAACGUCAAUAUAUACGUACGCAAUCUUCCAUCAAAUGACGACAUACACUAUUUAACGUUUGGAGAUGAGCGUUCCAACGUACUCUUCGGUUUCAAAAAGUUCACAUCUGCUGGCACCCAUCAGUUCAGGUAUGCAGCCUUCUUAAGGCUUCACAAAGCGCAGACUCAAACUCGGUUGUAUGCGAGGCCAUCUCAUUACCAAAGUGAUCCUCACCUCAUGCGGGUCCCUACGCUUCGAUCAGCAACACACCCUGAUACUUUCAACUAG